CAAACCAACAUUUAUUGUUAUCAGAGGCAGCUGCCUGCCCUCUCCCCACGCUUCUAUUUGUGGAUUUUCAACAGCUAUAAAUGGAAACACGCGCUGACCAGAAAUCACUACAGUGCUGUCUGAUACGUCUCUCUCCCGACUCCAAAAGUACUGGGAUAUCUAACAUGUAGUCAGGUUAAAUCACUUCUGCUCGGUAUAUUAGGGGUUUUUUUCCCACACCCUGGGAAAUGGAGUUAGGAAAACAGGUAAAAGUCUCAGGAAGAGAUGCUUUAGAGGAAAAGCGAAUGGUGACUUCUGAAGAAUCUGGAACCAAACCUCUGACCUUCACAUUUGUACCAUCCAUUGGACGACUUCCAACUCAUUGUGAGGUUGUGGAUGUCUCUAAGUUCCUUGUGACAAUUCCAGAGGAACCAAAGGAUCUGAGCAAUCAAGAAAUUAUAAAUAAGUCUAAUGCAGUCUCUGAUGAACUGGCCUUAAAGAGUGGGGCCAGACAAGAUUGUGCGUCGGCCAUUCAUACAGACAACAUCCGAACAGUUUUCCAGUCCCCGGGGUGUAAUUUGAGCAAAGGAGAAAUGCAAGAGAAUGACCUUUUUAAGGCUGAGUUUAUCCUGAUUACGGACUCCGGUGAAGAAGAUGAAGUAGCUGCUGCUUCGAGCAACGCACUUCGACCUUCCAAUGGCUAUGGUGCCAUCAGCGCUCAGGUGCUGGCCACAUCCCAUAUUUCUCCUGGAACUGGGGCAGGAAAACCUCCUGGAGAUGGGCACGUUCCAGGUGCUGCACUUUCCCACAGCACUGCUGAUCCACAAAAACAUCAGUUAAUUUCUACUCUUUUCAUCUCUGAUCAUCUUUCCUCUAAACCACCUGCUGUCCACUUAAUUUCUCCAAUUAACCAGAAAGUAGCGUGUGAUGCCAAGGCUAACUUGAAUCAAGCCUCCUCGUUGGAAGACUCCCGUAACAACUGGCAGCCAGCAACUGGGUUUUCUAAACAAGAUUCAUCUCUGUACUUUCAGUCUGCUUGUGCUCCCCAUAGUUCACCUCCUUCUGUGUCUAAAAUAUCCUCUUCUGCAUCAGGCAGUUGUUACUCCACUACUCAACUGUACGAUAACCUACAAACAUCAAGUCUCUUUACCUCUGGCUGUGUUUGCAAAAUGGGAGGCUUCACCACAUCCUCUGUUCCAGUAAAGAGUCCAAGUCUUUCCCCUAGUCCUUCACGUUCAUCUGAAAUUCAAGGAUCUUCAGCUCAGUCUUUAUCCCCCAGUUCUUCCAAAAGAUUGAAUGCUUUAUCUCCUGUCCCUGUACAUAUAAUAACACAUUCAUUAUGUCCUAGCCCUAAACCUUUGUCUCCACCCUCUCUUUAUGGCUCCUCUUCUACCAUAUGUAGCAUAAAUGAGCCUUUCACACCAAUGUCAUCUAGAGGAAAUUUAGCAAAAUCAAGAGCCAGAUCCCCUCUGCCAACCAGACUGACCCUUUUAACUGCUAUUUUAAGAUCAGGCUCUUCCCAGCGAAGACCAGUUUCUCCUGCUUCUUGUCCCACAUUUUCUCCUAGCCCCCUUAGUUCUUCAAUGUUUGCAAUAGAUCAAAAGUCCAAAACGACUUCUCCAACCCCCAAGAAAUCUGUUUCAAGCCCUCCUAUAAGGCCAGAUUUUCCCAGUAGAGAGGAACAUUGGCUUUCAGGGUGGGCUCAGCAUCAGUCUUUACCCUCCAAGCCUCAUCCCACCCCUCAGGCAGGGUCCCUUUCUCCUAAAAACCAUGUUCCAGGCAGAACACUUUCUCCGGAUUCCCAAAGUCCUUUGUCAUCUCCCGUCUUCUCCCUUAGAAAAUCAGAUGCCUCUCCAGGUUUGCAGUCCACACUGCCUCCUCCUCAUCCCCCAGCACCCUCUUCCCAUGCACACUCUACCUCUCCUUCCCCAGGAGGGGUGCAGCAUGCUGCUUCCGGGUCCUGGAGACCUCAGAAGUCUCAGAGGGUACACACUUACUCACCCAUUUUUACCUGCCGGUCAUAUCCUUUGCUUUCUUCUACCAGUCUUAGUGGUGUAUUCUCCCCCACCCGAGAAAAACACACAUCUCCUUCCCCAAGUACUUUGUAUCCAGCUUCUAGACUUAAAUCAGAUUCACCCCAAAUGUCUGUUCAGGAGAUAAGUGUCUCCUCUCCUACCCCUUCAAGCACCUCAGAGCAGUGUUCUCUCUCACGAACUCAUUCUACUUCAUCGGUUCCACAAACCGGUAAUUUUAAUUCUUAUCCACAGCAACUUAAUUCUUCACUGGUGUACACAAGUUAUAGGUCUAAUUCAUCCUCUCCAAGACCUGAGCAGUCUGCCACCUCACCUGUGUUAAAGUGCAGAUCUCCUGUCUCAGACAAGUCAUCAGGCACACUACCAUCAAGACCCAGAGAGCCGACUUCACCACAGUCUUUUUCCCUGUCUCCUGAUCAUGAAAACAUCAAACCCAAGCAAUACAAGAUCAAGACAAUCUACAAGGCAUUUGCAGCAAUCCCUACAAACACAUUACUUAUGGAACAGAAGGCAUUGGAAGAGCCAACCAAGACUGCCAGUGUGACUGAAGACACUGCUUUGGACACUCAUUCAGAGAUGUGCUCCCCUGCUGAGCUCAGACAACAAACAGAAGAGCUGUGUGCUGUCAUUGAUCAAGUCCUGCAGGACCCAUUGACUAUGCGCCGAUCUGAGUCUUCUCCAAGUUUUCUGCAGAUGAGCACGGAGUCAGAUGUUGGCAAGGUGUCAACAACACUGCAAAGAGCAGCUGGGCGUGAAACCAGAUAUGCCAGCCUUUACAAAUCAGCACCUAUUGUAACAGAGAGUCAGCUGACAAAACCUGGUGUCAUUCGUCCGGUGAUGGUGAAAGGAAAGAGUGCACAGCAAAAGGAGGAGCCCUAUCAACCCAAUCCUUUUAAAAAGUACCUUGAAGAUAUCAGUGAUCAGAAUGCUGAGCAGCCCAGUCAUGCCAUAGUGCGUAUUCCAGAAAAUGAAACAUUCAGCUCUAAGGAGGCUGCCAAUGAAAGAGGUUCUGUUUAGCUAUAAUGCCUCGGAUUAGGUUCAAGAGCUAAAACUGCGGAGUAUUUUGAGUCCUGUUUCUGUACUGAGAAGGAAUCCACAGAACAAAUGUUAUUGAAAACACCACUAAAAUAA